AUGAGCAGCAACUCUGCGUCGUCUCCCUCAGCCCCGGGUCUGUCGCCUCGUUUUCAGCCUUGUUCCGAAGAUGGCACGUCUCGGAAAACACGCCCCGUUGCUGCAGCCCCGGCCAGUCGCCAGGUCCGCCAUGCUGCAGGCAGAGACAGCGGGUGCAGGGGCUCCAGUCGGCGUCGGGAGCCUCACGCAGCAUCGCCCGGUUCCACAAAGUCACGCCGAGCGAUAACUGGAAUUCAGACUCCCCCGUCCACGCAGAGUUAUCAGGAAGAUCACGGCCGCGCGGCGCUGGAAGAUUACAUCCAUAUUGAUGACCACGACUCUUCUCAUACCUCCCCAUUCCGGUACCAUUCAGACGCGCACAACGAGGCUGGGACGUCCCGGCUACUCCGUUCCUCGGGUAGUCUCAGGCCACAUUCCUCCUUCCAGGCCCAUCAGAUUCGCCACGCCGGUGCUGCCUGUAAUUCCCCCCAUCGACACUUGACACGGUUGCCUUUCGCACAAGUAUCUCUCCCCUCUCAUCUUACUACCGCUUCCCCCCCGCUCCCGUGCUCCCCUCCAUUCACACCUCCGCGCAAGCGUUCCUCACCUCGUGUCGCCCACGCCCAGUCGUGCGCCUUCCUGUCACAUACCACUUCAGUGUCUUCCCUCUCAACCCUCGCCUCCCCAGCGUUUGCGCUUGAUUCUCCAUUCGACGCACCCUCGACUCCAUCGCCGUCCCCACGCUUGCAAAGGAGGUGGCCCGAUAGGUCAGUGAUUCUCGCUAGCUGCAUUCGGAUGCCCGUGUCUAUUUUGUAUAUUGUCCCUGCACGCAUUAAUUACGCCCAUGAACCUUAUCCACUGCGAAGGCCUGGCUUCGACCGUCCGGGAGCUGGUCCGGACGCGUCAAAAUGCUUUGACACAGAAGCCUGCUGCCCGUGGGCGCGUGCUUCUCCGCCUUUUCUCUUCCUUGGCCUCUCCCCCUUUCACCGCAGUUUCGCCUUCCCCCCCUCUUCACUUUAUAUAUAUGAUCCCCCCUUCUCAUUUGAUGCUGCCUCUAUCUCGCCUCAUACUCAUCUCAUUUCUCACAGAUCUACCUCACCGCCACCAACGCUAGUCCUCCAACGUGCAAUCAUCGUUCAUCGUGCACGCCCAACCCUCGCCAUGUCCGUGCAGGUGCAUGCUCCCUCUCCCAUCAUGUCCGGGCGAUCCCUUUCUCCACCACCCUUUGUGCCCAGCCACAGUGCACGCACCCGCUCUCGCUCAAGACGACCACGAUCCCCCUCAAGACCGACGUCACCCCUUGCGCAACCAGCACAGCUAUCAACGCCACAACGACCACCUAUGCGUCCCCCAAGUCGGUCAGAGAGGCUGCUACGUGACACUCUUCGACGUGCAGAAGAACAUGAGCGGAUGUUGAGCGUCCACCCUCUUCCUAGCCCGACGUUUGCUCCCUCUCCAUUGCCUAGCUCGCCGUUCCUGUCGCCGACAGGGGUUCUUGCGCUACCCAGCAAUGGCGGCGUGCCUGUUGCUACGAGUGGUAGUCGGAGACAUAGUCGCAAGAAUACGUCCUCGUCCAUCGCGACCAAUGCUUCUUACGAUGCGUAUGAGUUCGGCGACGCUCCAGCCGACCAGGAGUCUACGAGCGACGACAUGGAGGAGAAUGAGGACUGGCGCGGGCAGAGCUCAUCAUCGUUUGUCUAUCAGUACCAGGGAACCCCAACGCAGGCAGGUCUGUCUCGGAACAGAAGCAUGACUCACGCAAGCCGGAGGUCCGAUCGAACCAGUGCCCACUCGGACACCAACACAAAGGCGCAAAUAGCUUAUGGUACCCCAGCGUCGCCCUCACCCGCACGGAUGCAACUGCAGCGCUCUAUCACCUCCACCCCUGUAGCCAAUCGCACCUUAUCCUCGUCAAAUAGUCAGCCUUCGGCCGCUGCGAAUACGCAUAUGCAUUCAAAUUCGCGAGCGUCUGCGGAUGGCGAGCGCUCGUGCUCGUGCGGUCAGAAUGCAGGGCUAAUUACUCCACAUGAGGCUGUGUUACGUAGCAGGCUAGAGGGGGUUUUGAGGGGGGCGAAAGAGCAGGAGAGAAGACGUCGGCAUCCGGACUCGAGUAGCAGCGGAAGCGGAACCGGGAGUGGAAAUUCGAUGGCGAGCAGCAGGAACAUGAGUGCGGAGAGCGAUCUCUUCUUUGGUGCGAGCGGCGACUCCAGCGUUACGUCUCUGUCAUCGAGCGAAUACAAAUCUAUUUCCGAUGCCGCGGGAACGAAGAGUUUAGCGAGCUCGUCUACAUCUCGACCACCGCCAACGACUCUGAAUUUCCCGACGCGCUCUCCGCCAUCUUCCAACGCAGUGCUUCGGUCACCGAAUACCCCGAGCAAGCAGCUCGGGUCGCCCAGCAGCUCGCAUAAUGGCCUUAGCCCAUUGACGCCACCACCUACGCCACCGUUCAACGCCCGUACAGCGGCAGAGCUGUGCAGGACGAUGGACGGGUAUGUAUCGUUUGCCAACAUCGAGGGCCUUGGUGUUCCUGAGGGCGAGGAGGAUGACACAGAUGAGGACGGUAAAAGCCGCGGGCGGUGGUGGGAGUGGCUGACUAUGACCACGAAGAGCAGGGGCCGGAGCGAAAGCGCGAGUAGCAUAGCGUCUCGAUGA